AUUUCCAAAUAAUCUAAUCCCUUCUUUUGGUGAAAUAAAAGUUUGAUUACGGGUUGUUCUCUCUCUCCUUCUCCCUCUCUCCUCUCUCCCAUGGCCGAGAGAACAAUCCCUGCUUUCCCUUUCCCUCCCAAACCCUAACUCUCCUCAAUCUUUCUCUCACCUCCCAAUAAUCUGCAAUCAAAAUCUCUAUGUUCUCUCCUUUCUAUAGAUUUCUCUAGAUUUACAUACAUAUCUGCUAUUUCUAUCUAUUUAUUUCAACUGAUAUAUUUACAUUUCCUCUCCUUGGAUGUUUCGGAUCCGAUUGAUUUGGAUGUUUGUUUAUUUCGGGUCACCUAAAUGAUGAUUCCGGAUCCGAAUUUGGUCUACUACGCUUGUGUUGCUAAAGGAACAAUCAUCCUUGCUGAAAUCAAUUCGAAAGAUGCCGAUCUUGGUUCCAUUGCCUUAAAAUGCCUUGAAAAGACUCCACCUUUACACACUUUUUUCACCCACACCGUCCGUAACAGGACGUACACGUUCUUAAUCGAAAACGCAUUUGUGUUUUUCGCCAUUUUUGAUGAAAAGAUUGAAAAAUCUGAUGGGCUAGCGUUUUUAAGCAGGGUUAAAGGCGCGUUUCGCGAAGUGAUGGACCGAUCAUCUGGGAGGAAGAGAUUGGAUAAACUCCAUUCGCAUUGCUUUCAGGGUGAGCUGAACCCGGUUUUUCACCAGCUGUUGGUUUCGAGUAUCGAUGAUGUGGAUGAGGGUGAAGGUUCCCAUUCGACGAGGAGUGAGCUGGAGGAUCACGGGCGGAGCUCAAGUUUGGAUUCUGUUAAAGGGAAGAAAAUGGGGUCAAUGCCGUUGCUUGCUGAUGCUGCUAAUAGUUUGAAGCAGAAAAAGAAGAGGUUUUUCGGGCAGUUUAAGAAGAGGCAUGAAGAGGUUAGUGAGAAGAAUGUGAAUGUGGAUAUUUGUGAUGAUCAUGGGAUCAAAUUGAGCAGAGAGUUUUCAGUUGUUAUGCAAAAGAAUGGUGGAUUGGUUCAUGGAGAAGUGGGGCAUCAAAAGGCCAAGAAAGUGUGGAAGAAGCAAGUUUGGGUGGUCUUAUCGUUGGAUUUAAUCGUCUGCACCAUUUUGUUCAUAGUUUGGUUGUGUGUUUGCAGGGGCUUCAAAUGCAUUGAUGGUUGAUUGAUACUACUACUUAUGUUACUGUGUUUUUUCAUCUAUCGCUGCGAUAGAUGUUUCCACUGAAUUGGAGGAUUAAAUGCUUUGUGUGUUCGCCAAUGUCACACUCGAGCUACUUCUGUCAAAUUUGAAGUCUAUUUUCUCAGUACGGAGCUGAUUUGAUAUCUUUCUCAAACAACUUUUACUUAUGUUGAUGUUUUUAAGUUGUGCAUAUCUAUAUAUGUGUGGAUAUUAUGACAUAUGCAAACUUUUCUUUUAAGAUAUUUGUGUUAUCUUGGAGAAAGAACCACUAUAAAUUGUAUGAUACUUGCUGGUAAGGAAGGAGAAGACAUUCUUUCCUUGUAAUCUAUGUUUUAAUUUUAAUUUGUAUCAAGAUGACGACAACCAGGAUUUGAACUAUCGA